AUGAAGCGGCAACAACGACGCCGGAGAUUAGGGCUGCGGCGUUCGGUGGGCCGCUUAUGGCAUCACUUCUUUUUCCGUGAGUCAAUCCUCUCUCCCCACCAAGCAACUCAAGGUCCCGCUAGACGCCCCUCAACUACCGCGAUUGAGUCAAUAAAGAUGGCGGACUCUGUUGACCCGGCUUUGACCUCUCCGUCAAUCACUGCGCCUUCCCAAGCGUCCCCCAACCCCGUCGCCGAAAAUUCUCCCUCUCAAUCCCUCCCCAUCCGCGACUCGAAGAGCGCAAAGCAGCCCGCACAACCUGAGAAAGGACCCUCAAAGCCCAAGGAUGCCCCCGCAGCUCCUUCUACAGGUGGCGAUGGCGCCAGUGACAAGCCCCUGACCCCUGCGCAACUGAAGGCUAAAGCCAAGGCCGAGAAGGCCGCCCGGCGCGCGAAGGAGAAGGCCGACAGAGACGGCGGAGCUGUUGCUGCGGGCGGUUCAGCUCCCGAUGCAGGCCAGUCUCGUCCUCCAAAUACACCAAAGAAGGACGUUGUCAGCGGAGGCGCUUCUCAGAAGGGACCAAAGGGCGCGCCGCCGCGCCGUGGAUCUGGCCCUGUCACUCAGGCUAGUACCGCCGUUGAGCCGAAGAAGAAAAAAGAAGACAAGAGCGUGUCCGUGUUCAGUCAUUUAUACGGUCAACAGCGAAGAACUACUGUCAAUGGCGCUGCGAAGGAGGUGCACCCUGCUGUUCUGGCGCUCGGUCUCCAACUGCGAGACUAUGUGGUCUGCGGUAGCAGUGCGCGAUGCGUUGCGACCCUGCUUGCCUUCAAGCGGGUGAUUGAAUCUUACACCACCCCUCUGGGUACUUCGCUGGCACGCCAUUUGACGACCCAUCUCAGCCACCAGAUCAGCUACCUUUCGACAUGUCGACCACUCGCCGUCAGCCAGGGUAACGCGAUUCGCGCGUUGAAGCUGGCUAUCGCCGGAAUCGACCCGUCCACCCCGGAGUCUUCUGCCAAGGCGACCCUGUGCGACUUUAUUGACAACUUUAUCCGCGAAAAGAUUACCGUGGCGGAUCAAGUUAUCGCAGGAAGCGCGGUGGAAAAGAUUGAGAACGGCGAUGUGAUUGUGACAUUUGCCGGCAGCAAUAUCGUCAAACAAACUCUUCUACAAGCACACAAGGAAGGAAAGCGAUUCCGCGUAUCGAUCAUUGAUUCUCGCCCUCUCUUCGAAGGCAAGAGUCUUGCUCGAGCUCUGGCCAACGCUGGUCUGGACGUUCAAUAUUCGCUCGUACAUGCUAUCAGCCAUGCUAUCAAGGACGCCACUAAGGUUUUCCUUGGCGCACACGGCAUGACCAGUAAUGGUCGUCUUUACUCUCGCGUCGGUACCGCUUUGGUCGCCAUGUCUGCUAAAGAGCGCGCCGGUGGCGUUGAAGUCCCCGUUAUUGUCUGUUGCGAGACAAUCAAGUUUUCCGACCGCGUCGCUCUCGACAGCAUCGUAGUCAACGAAAUCGCCGAUGCCGACGAGCUGGUUCCCGCAAACCCCCCCACAGCAAGUGACUGGCCUCCCCGACCCUGCUGCGUUUACCGCUCCUCCAGUCGAGCCUAA